AUGAAGGCAUCAUAUUCAUACAUUGCAAUUGCAUUGUGCCUUGUGGUUGUGGUGUUGUUGGGCAAAGCAGAUGUUUCAAUGGCAGUAACAUGCAACCCAACAGAACUAAGUCCCUGUGCAGGAGCAAUAACUUCUUCAACUCCUCCAUCCACAGUAUGCUGCACCAAGAUCAAGCAACAGAAGCCCUGCCUCUGCCAGUAUCUCAACAACCCCAACCUCAAGAAGUUUGUCAACACCCCAAAUGCCAGGAAAGUUGCUAGGACUUGUGGCACUCCCUUCCCCAAGUGCUAG